GCCGAGAGCUCUCUGCCGCGCCUGGCCUUCGCUCUGGGCCAGGGGGUCGGCACCGGCGACUCCAUCCCUGAGGGAGCAAAGCUGGAAGUGCCUCUGUGGCUUGCUAAAGGUCUACAUGACAGUAAAAGAAGAAUCAUUUCUGUGGAGCUGCCAAAGAUUUACAGGGAAGCCUGGAGGACAGUGUUCAGCGCUGAUGCCAACGUGGUUGAUCUGCAUAAAAUGGGGCCGUACUACUACGGAUUUGGUUCUCAGCUCCUGAAUUUUGACAGUCCUGAGAAUCCUGAGAUAGCUCAGUCUAUCCUGCAG